AUGGAAGGCUUCCCGAUGCGCGCAUGGAGCAUCGAGAUAUACCUCGUGAACGAGCACGGCGAGGAGGUCCCCGCCAACAUCUUCGAUAAGGCGCAGUACAGGCUGCAUCCGAGUUUUGAGAAGCGGGCGCUGCAAACGAUUAAGCAACCGCCGUUUCGCAUCCAGGAGAAGGGGUGGGGCGAGUUCGACAUGCAGAUUACACUCACGGCGAAGCACAAGGGGGGUGACAAUACGCUGGAUCACGACUUGAACUUUCAGAAGGAGAGGUAUGAGGCGGUGCAUACAGUCACCUUCAGGAAUCCGAAACCAGACCUCCUGGCCCUGCUCCGCGAAUCGGGACCUGCGGGUGACGAGAACGGCAUCAAGGGCAAGCCGGCGAGUAAGAAGAACAAGAAGGAGAAAACGGUCGACAUGGAAAAACUAGCCGACAGCCUCCAGCGGCUCAGCGAAGACGACCUCCUGCAAGUCGUGCAGAUGGUACACGACCACAAGACGCAAGAAACAUACAUCAAGAAUGACGUCGAGAAUGGCGAGUUUCAUGUCGAUCUUUAUACCCUACCCGACGCGCUCAUCAAGAUGCUAUGGGAGUUCGCGACGGAGAAGGCGGGGGGGCUGCAGUAG